UAUAAAAUCAGUUCUAGAGAAGGAUUGCUGUGGCUUACACACAGAUGAAUAUUUGAUCUCGCACUCUGUUUCGAGAUAUGGGAUGCAGCAUUCACAGCUCUGUUGUUGUACAUCUCUGGGUCAACCUGUUGGCAUCUCAGACAUGGGCACAAUUUUUAUGCUCUCCCCUUCAAUCAAAUGAAUAUCCAGCCUACCCAGAAGAAAUAGAUUUUGAAAAUGACACUCAUGAUUCUUGUUUUAAUUACACACUUGUACAUUUUCCUAAUGAGCUGACGGAGGUACGGUGGGAUAGCAGAAAAUAUUUUCCUGACAUGAACAUGACAAUGUUUUAUAAAUUAAAUGACCUGAAGUGGAAGCAGUGUCCUCAAUACAUACUUGACCAAGGGUACAACACUGGAUGUGUCUUUCAGGCUGAGAAAGAUGCGCAUCUUCAUAUUUCUAUCCGGGAUACUAAUGGGACAAAAGACCUUUACUUUGAUGAACAGCACAUUUUUAAAUUUUUAAAGCCCGACCCACCUGAAAAUGUAACCAUCCAGUGGAUGGAUGGUGAAGUGAUUGCACAAUGCAUGCCAUCUCAGCCUCCACAGAAUUUUGAGUUGGAAUUUCAGUACAAAAGCAGGUUUGACAAAGACUGGCAGUCCAGAAAAAAUGAUUGCUGCAAGAUUAAAGAUCAAGGCUUUGAUCUAGAGAAGUGCUACACUUUUCGAUUCAGACUGAAAAAUAUUUAUGGAGAUUAUUCCAGUGAAUGGACUGCAGAGACACUUUGGACAAAUGGCAGCUCUGUAGAUUCCUGUGCUACUGAAAUCUCUGAACCUGAGUUCAGUACAAUAAUCCUUUUAACUUCAGUGAUGGCUGGCGUUCUGAUAAUAUUUGUUCUUCUGCUGUGUCUUUGCAGGUUAGACAGGACUGGGUUAGCAAAACUGAGAAUCUAUUGGCUGAAACAAAGUUGGAAUGUAUUGAAGAAGAGUGUGUCACCGAGGAGAAGGGGGAAGGUUUCCAAGAAAACAAGGCAGAAGCAUAGUUUUCUUAGAAAAUUAAUCAGAGCUGCAAUUUGCCUGAAGGAAUCCGAUGCAGGCAGGAACUUCACAAUCAACAUUUGUUCCAUGGCUGGUGAUGGAAACCAUAGUGGAUUGUUUCUCCCCAUUACAGGCAACUAAUUUUGCUCAUAGGUUUCUCUCUGUCCUCUCCCUGCCCUGUUGCCUAUGCCAUUUCUUGAGACUGCAUGGAAGAAAACUGAACAAGAUGGUUUAAGCAGAAGUAAAAGUUGCAAUUGUAGUAGCAUUAAAUAAUUUGUUAAAUAACCAUUCAAUGUAAAUAUUCUAGUGGAUUUUUAGUGAUGUUCUUUCAUGCCAUUACAAAUGCUCCUAAAGAAAUAGCCAAAAAAGGCUUGCUUGUGGUUUGUUUGCUAUUGAGUCUGAAGUUACCAUAUUGUUUUUAGAA